GUACGUAGAUGGUCACGCAGAAUACCUUCGUACCGUACCAAUCGUGUGUUUCGACUUUUUCAGGCCACAAAAAAACCGAGUUUUUCCUGCUAAAAAGUGCAUUUUGGGCAAGGAAAAUCUUCGAUGUGGUCGCUAUAAGCCAGCAGCAAGAUUGCAUUUUCGAAAUUUUCCGCCUGCAGCUGGCCCUGGACGUGCUUUGUAUCCGUGGAGAACAGAGACGCAAAGAUAGACGCCGUGUGGGGUUGGGUUGCUUCCGGCCCGCUGCGCUUAGCAGCGAACAGAAUGGGCGACCAGGCGGGAUCCACCGUUUCCUCGACGGGCGUGGACCGAUCCGUCGGAUCCACGGGAGUGGGAGUGGACCGAUCCGUCGAAUCAAAGGUCGUCGACCGACCGCCGUCGCCCGCCCGACUCUCACACACCUCCGAGAAACAUCCGAAGGUCACGCUUACGGAACUCAAUAUGCUGCGCCGCCAUCGUGAGCUCUGCGAUGUGGUGCUUAACGUGGGUGGGCGCAAGAUCUUCGCCCACCGGGUGAUCCUGUCCGCCUGCAGCUCCUAUUUCUGUGCCAUGUUCACCGGGGAGCUGGAGGAAUCGCGCCAAACGGAGGUCACCAUACGAGACAUCGACGAGAACGCCAUGGAGCUGCUCAUCGACUUUUGUUACACCGCCCAUAUUAUCGUCGAGGAGUCCAAUGUCCAAACGCUCCUUCCCGCCGCCUGUUUACUGCAACUGGUGGAGAUUCAGGACAUUUGCUGCGAGUUCCUCAAGCGGCAAUUGGACCCCACGAACUGCCUGGGCAUCCGCGCCUUUGCCGACACACACUCCUGCCGGGAAUUGCUGCGGAUAGCCGACAAGUUCACACAGCACAACUUCCAGGAGGUAAUGGAGAGCGAGGAGUUCCUGCUGCUGCCCGUCGGCCAGUUGGUGGACAUCAUCUGCAGCGAUGAGCUGAAUGUGCGUUCCGAGGAGCAGGUCUUCAACGCGGUCAUGUCCUGGCUCAAGUACAACGUUGCGGAGAGGCGACAGCACCUUGCACAGGUUCUCCAACACGUCCGUUUGCCUCUACUAUCUCCAAAGUUCCUGGUUGGCACGGUCGGCUCCGAUCUCCUGGUGCGCAGUGAUGAGGCCUGCCGGGAUCUGGUGGACGAGGCUAAAAACUAUCUGCUGCUGCCGCAAGAGCGACCGCUGAUGCAGGGACCACGCACCAGACCACGCAAACCGACUCGACGCGGCGAAGUUUUGUUCGCCGUGGGCGGAUGGUGCUCUGGCGAUGCCAUUGCCUCUGUGGAGCGCUUCGAUCCGCAGACCAACGAUUGGAAAAUGGUCGCCCCCAUGAGCAAGCGUCGCUGCGGAGUGGGCGUGGCCGUGUUAAAUGAUCUUCUAUAUGCCGUGGGCGGACACGAUGGCCAGAGCUAUUUGAAUAGCAUCGAGCGCUAUGAUCCGCAGACGAAUCAGUGGUCCUGCGACGUGGCGCCCACCACUUCCUGCCGCACGAGCGUCGGAGUAGCUGUGCUGGACGGCUUUCUGUACGCUGUUGGUGGCCAGGAUGGCGUGCAGUGCUUGAAUCACGUGGAGCGGUACGAUCCCAAGGAGAACAAAUGGUCCAAGGUGGCGCCGAUGACCACACGACGGCUGGGAGUGGCGGUCGCCGUCCUUGGAGGAUUCCUCUACGCAAUAGGUGGCUCCGAUGGCCAGUGCCCGUUGAACACCGUGGAGCGAUACGAUCCCAGGCACAACAAAUGGGUGGCUGUCAGCCCGAUGUCCACGCGACGCAAGCACCUGGGCUGUGCUGUGUUCAACAAUUACAUUUACGCCGUCGGCGGGCGGGACGAUUGCAUGGAGCUCUCGUCCGCCGAGCGCUACAAUCCACUGACCAACACCUGGAGCCCCAUCGUGGCCAUGACCUCGCGGCGCAGUGGGGUUGGCCUGGCCGUUGUAAAUGGGCAGCUGUAUGCGGUGGGCGGUUUUGAUGGAUCCGCCUAUCUGAAAACCAUCGAGGUGUACGACCCGGAGACGAACCAAUGGCGUUUGUGCGGCUGCAUGAACUACCGUCGACUGGGCGGCGGUGUGGGCGUAAUGCGGGCUCCUCAGACUGAGAACUAUAUGUGGUGCGAAAACAGUUUUAAGCAGCAAAACCCCUAAAACUAAUCCAACCCUUAGCCCUUCCAUUGCUGAUGAACUGUUGUUGUCUUGUCUCUUUCUCCCACCCGAAACAUGCUAACAAAUGCAGGAUUCGAAAGGAUUCUGUUGUCUGAUGGGAGCAGCAGCCGACGACGUUGCCCUCGCAAUCGUUGCCGCCGCCGCACUUCUACUAACAAUAUCCACAAUCGAAGCCAAAUCUAAUCGACUUGACACCCUUCCCCAUUGUCUAGCAGCAUAAUCGCAUUGUAUUAAUUGUUAAUUGUUUAUUUGGUAGAGCCUAAAACGCGUGUUAGUUAGACUUUCCCACAAUAGUAUUAAAGUAAGCAUUGCCCCCACUCAAAUUCUCAUCCCCAUCACUCUGUACGUAAUUAUAUAUGAUUCUACUGUAUCUUAAGCAAGUAUAUUUUGUAAAAAACCUAAAAUUUAAUUGUUGCUGGUGGAAUUUCAUGGAAAUCGCUAGCCUCAAAACAUUGCCUUCUUUCGAAAAAACAAAACAGAAUCAAAUAUUACAUUAGAAAACAAUUCUAUUAGUUGUAUAUCUAUAAACCAUGAGCUCUAAAGUCAAGUAACUAAUUGGUAUUAACAUAAUUUAGCUAUAAGAAAUGAAUUCAAUGAAAGUUUGUCCGAUGGUUCUAUAUUUCGAUCGACCAUCUUAAAGCUGUAUUAAUUGUUUAGUCAAAUCCACAAUAGUUCUUGCAAAUGUCUUCAAUAAUAAUACGAAGUUAUCAAUUGAAGCAAACAAUUCAAAAGUUUAUAAGAAUGAAUGUUCAGCUUGACAAGCUUAAAAAAUUAUAAGGAUAAACACACAUACAAUGAACAAAGUUAGACCUAGCCCAAAACAUUUCAAUAGUAAAAUUAGCAAUUACACAGCCGUAAGAUGAACAUUAAGCCAAUAAAUUUUAAUAUUGUUAUCCUUAGAUCGUAAGCCGGUGACUUCUUAGAGCCGGAAAGAGGUCACGUUUUAAAAAUAAUUAUUGUUAAACCAAGUUAGACCACUGAGCUGAUGAAAACAACUCGAAAUAUUUGCCUGAGCUCGAAAUAAUUGCUUAGUGGAGAGAGCCAAAAAAAUGAGUCUCUCAAUAACAA